AUGCCACCUGAGAAGCGCGCCACGUUCGACGCUCCUGCCGCGAAUGGAGCGAAGCGACAAAAAGUAUCACCCGUUGCAAAGAGCAACGAACGCAUUGAGACUGACACCAAGGCUGUUGAUCUCACGGCGCAUAACGCCCUACAAUCUCGCCUGUUGUAUCUACCAGCGGAGCUUCGCAAUGCGAUCUGGACGCUCGUCUACGGCGAUAUGAUGGUGGUGGUGGACUCCACGAGCCACACGCCUGAGAAUGAACGAUCUGUCAAGUUGACUUUCGACACCUACGAGGAGGCCUCAGGUGAGGAGUUCCUGCCAGUCGCUCGUGCCAGCGCACCGAAGCUCGUCUGCAGACAAUUCUGGGCCGAGACGUCUUCAGUUUUCCUCGACUCUUGCACAGUGAGAACAGCAUCCGGCGAAGCUUUCCGUGCGCUCGCAUUGUCAAAACAACCGAUUGUGCAACGUGUCCGAAAACUCAUCAUCACAUCUAAGAAGAUCCGGGCUUGGGACUUUCCUCGCUCUUGGGCUAACUAUUUUACGUCUUCGAUUGUCGGCCGCUUCAGGAACCUUCAGGGAGUAGGGUUGUACACAAGCGUCUAUUACCACGAUGGUCUCUAUCAGACUGAUGUUCUGAACGACGCCGUAUGGAAGUCGAAAAAGCUUCCAGCCAUCAUUCGAUCCUUCCAACAACACAAGUUGCACCCAGCUCUCACUUCUGUCAACUACAUCACUUGCGAGCACUCGUAUGAUGUUGAAGACGAGAAGCCUAUAUUGGUGGGCGAGGCCAUUCGCACAGAGCUUCUGAAGUACCAUCCUCGACGCUUGUCCAGGCGAGGAAAAAUCGAGGAUGAGGACGAUGUUUGA